AUAGUUUACAGAUAAGACAGCUUCAUUACAGCUUUGAUGCACUUUUUUCUUUCCAAACAAACAAAGUCAAAUACUUCUUCUCUCUCUCUCUCUCAACUCAACAACAACAACACAAACCAUCACUACUACAAAACCUCCUUCACUCUACACGGCACGUCGCUUUGACUCAUAAUCGCAAUCACAGAUCUCGUGAUCGUCGAUCGAAAUGGACGGUUACGACGGAACCGUUAGACUCGGUGCUAUUAACAUGAAGUAUGAUCGCGGCGACUUUGACUCCGGCGCCGAUGUAUCAGUUUCUUCUCCGGUCACCAAACAAAAAGCCGCUGCCGCUAAACAAUUCAUUGAGAAUCAUUACAAGAAUUAUCUUCAAGGAUUGCAGGAUCGUAAAGAUAGACGUAGAGCGCUUCAAAGGAAAGUGCAGGAAUCUCAACUGCCAGCGGAAGAGCAGGAGGUGAUGAUGAGGAAUUUGGAGCGUAAAGAAACCGAGUACAUGAGACUUCAGAGACGUAAAAUUGGAAUCGAUGAUUUCGAGCAAUUAACAGUAAUUGGUAAAGGUGCUUUUGGUGAGGUGAGGUUAUGUCGUGCUAAAAGUACAGGAGAGAUUUUUGCCAUGAAGAAAUUGAAGAAGUCAGAGAUGCUUAGCCGUGGACAGGUGGAACAUGUACGAUCUGAGAGGAACUUGCUGGCAGAGGUUGAUAGCAGAUGCAUUGUAAAGCUCCAUUAUUCAUUCCAAGAUUCAGAUUUCCUAUAUCUCAUCAUGGAAUAUUUACCAGGCGGUGACAUUAUGACAUUGUUAAUGAGAGAAGAUAUUCUUUCAGAAAAUGUUGCUCGUUUCUACAUUGCUGAAAGUAUUCUUGCUAUCCACUCAAUACAUCAGCACAACUAUGUACAUAGGGAUAUAAAACCAGAUAACCUUAUACUGGAUAAAAAUGGUCAUUUGAAGCUUUCAGACUUUGGCUUAUGUAAGACUCUUGAUGACAAGUAUUCAACAAUUUUAUUGGAAAAUGAAGAUUUAAUUGGUCAAGAGUCAACUAGUGAACCUGAAGGAUAUUUUGUAUCCCCUUGGUUGAUGCCAAAGGAACAACUACAACAGUGGAAACGUAAUCGCCGUGCAUUGGCAUAUUCAACGGUUGGAACUCUUGAUUACAUGGCUCCUGAAGUUUUGCUCAAGAAGGGGUAUGGAAUUGAGUGUGAUUGGUGGUCUCUUGGGGCAAUCUUGUAUGAGAUGCUUGUUGGAUAUCCUCCAUUUUGUUCUGAUGAUCCAAGAAUGACCUGCCGUAAGAUUGUGAACUGGAAAACAUGCCUGAAAUUCCCUGAAGAACCCAAGAUAUCAGCCGAAGCUAAGGAUCUCAUCUGUCGCUUACUAUGUGAUGUUGACACAAGACUAGGAACGAGAGGUGUAGAUGAAAUAAAGGCUCAUCCAUGGUUCAAGUGCAUUCAGUGGGACAUGCUUUAUGAAUUGGAAGCUGCAUAUAAACCUACAGUUAUUGGAGACUUGGACACACAAAACUUUGAGAAGUUUCCUGAUGUAGGUCCACCAUCCGUAACAGAAACCGUGGGACCUUGGAGAAAGAUGUUGACAUCCAAAGACACUAAUUUCAUUGGAUAUACUUUUAAGAAAUCCGAUAUCCUUAAAUCGAUUGAAAGUACAGAUGAGGAUAUCAGAGUAAAUGGAUCAUCAAAAUCCCCUUCCUUGAUUUCCUUGUUAGGACGAAUUGAUUUGCAAGAUACUGUCAUUCCAGAAAGUGUACAGAAGCCAGAAACUUGAAUCAAACCUUGCUUGUUUUUCAUUUACUGGACCCUGUAUUGUAUUAAUAUAAGCUUAGCAUUUGAAGAUUGUAUACAACUAUAUGUUAGAAAACAAGCAUAUUAAAAAUUCAAUGCAGGCAAGAUUCGAGUAAGGUCAUGAAUCAUGGGGGAGUUAAUGCCACCGGGCUCAUUUUCACUGCUUUCCAAGCUUCUCAUACGAUGAUUGUCCUUCCAUUUGGCAUGAAGUCAAGCCUGUUUCUGUUCAUAUACAGUUCCACUUCCGUCUUGUCAAUUUCAGUCCAUUAUUCUGUUAAUUAUAGAAAAAAUUUUGUCUCUUAUUUUUGUUGGUUUACAGAUAUUUUGAUUAAGUUUUUGCAAUACAAUUUAUUGUCUUUACGAAUAAUAAUGGUGGUCCUUGGUCAA